ACAGCUGCCUAAAUGUCGGAUAAACAGUUCCACUGUACAGGCAUAGUUUACUGGAAAAAUAGCAAAUUUGCCAUUUAACCAUUACUUAUAAUCAGUGCAGUGUUGCAAUUUUAUUUCAAUAUUCAAGCUAUAAGAGAAUAUUAAGAGUAAGAGUAAUAAUCCUUAGCUCUCUGGGGUCCCAACAUUGUGGUAUUCAGAAAACAUGGCGGCGGCGUCCUUGAGCACACGAAGCGCGAUGCUGCUGAGCGCUUUGGCCAGGUCUGGCUCAUUAUGCAGCCCGUCUGGAAGCAGAGCCCUCCACGUCACCGCGGUGUGCUGCAAGAAUCAUGCAGCUAGGGUCCGAGUGGGGAAAGGAGACAAACCUGUGACCUAUGACCAGGCACUACCCCCUCAUUACAUCGGCCACCGCAAAGGAUGGCUGUCGCAGCACACCAGUAACCUGAAAGGAGAGGGGGGUGCAGCUGAGAGGACCAUAGAGGACGUCUUCAUCCGGCGCUUCAUGUUCGGGACCUUCCACGGAUGCCUGGCAAAUGAAAUUGUGAUCAAAAGGCGCGGCAACCUGCUGACAGUGUGCGCUUUAAUGCUACAGAGAUUACCACCAAUGAAGUUUUACUUCCUAAUAGGCUAUACAGAGACACUACUGUCACACUUGUACAAAUGCCCCGUGAAGUUAGAGAUUCAGACCCUGCAGCAUAAAACUGUGUACAAGUACCUCUGAUGGAUAUGUGACAUGCUAAAGCUGAAUUCUUUUUCUUGUAGAUAUAACAACGACUGGAUUCUGUUAUUGUAUAAAAUGGUGACUUUGUUCUGGUUUCCUUUAUCUUUUCUCAGUGUAUCUAAACUUGACUUAUCAAUUUUCAUUGGAUUUCAGUUUCAGGGUAUUUGUGACUCAGAAUAAAAUAAAAAUAUAUUUGAAAAACUCA